GCUCCGCGGCUCCGCGACACUGCCCCGCUGCCCCGGCCAUGGGGAAAGGGCUGGAGGGGACAGCGGCCCGCUGCGGGCUGGGACUGGGAUACCUGCUGCAGACGGUGGUGCUCCCCGCCCUGGCCGUCCUGGGGGCUAGCCGCCCCGGCUCCGCGGCGCAAGAUGAUGACUUUUUUCAUGAGCUUCCAGAAACUUUUCCAUCCGAUCCUCCAGAGCCAUUGCCCCACUUCCUCAUUGAACCCGAAGAGGCUUACAUUGUGAAGAACAAGCCUGUGAAUCUGUACUGCAAAGCAAGCCCAGCCACACAAAUCUAUUUUAAAUGCAACAGCGAGUGGGUUCAUCAGAAGGACCAUGUGGUGGACGAGAGAGUAGAUGAAACCUCUGGUCUGAUUGUGCGGGAGGUGAGCAUCGAGAUUUCCCGGCAGCAGGUGGAGGAGCUCUUCGGGCCGGAGGAUUACUGGUGCCAGUGCGUUGCCUGGAGCUCCGCAGGCACCACCAAGAGCCGCAAAGCCUACGUCCGCAUUGCCUAUCUCCGGAAAACUUUCGAGCAGGAGCCCUUAGGGAAAGAAGUGUCCCUGGAGCAAGAAGUCCUGCUCCAGUGCCGUCCCCCUGAAGGCAUCCCAGUAGCUGAGGUGGAGUGGCUGAAGAAUGAAGAGGUGAUUGAUCCUGUGGAAGACAGAAACUUUUACAUCACCAUUGAUCAUAACCUGAUCAUCAAGCAAGCCCGGCUUUCUGACACUGCCAAUUACACCUGUGUGGCAAAAAACAUUGUGGCCAAAAGGAAAAGCACCACAGCCACUGUGAUAGUCUAUGUGAAUGGAGGCUGGUCCACCUGGACAGAGUGGUCUGUGUGCAACAGCCGCUGCGGGAGAGGCUUCCAGAAGCGCACCAGGACCUGCACCAACCCUGCCCCGCUCAACGGCGGCGCCUUCUGCGAGGGCCAGAGCGUCCAGAAAAUAGCUUGCACCACUCUGUGUCCAGUGGAUGGCAAGUGGACAUCCUGGAGCAAGUGGUCCACCUGUGGCACGGAGUGCACCCACUGGCGCCGCAGAGAGUGCACGGCCCCAGCUCCCAAGAAUGGGGGCAAGGACUGCGAGGGGCUGGUGCUGCAGUCCAAGAACUGCACAGAUGGGCUCUGCAUGCAGGGUUUCAUUUAUCCUAUUUCAACUGAACAGAGAACCCAGAAUGAAUAUGGAUUUUCUUCUGCUCCUGACUCAGAUGAUGUUGCUCUCUACGUGGGGAUCGUCAUCGCCGUGAUCGUGUGCCUGGCCAUUUCCGUGGUCGUGGCCCUCUUUGUCUACCGCAAGAACCACCGGGACUUUGAGUCGGAUAUCAUUGACUCCUCGGCACUAAAUGGGGGAUUUCAGCCUGUCAACAUCAAGGCUGCAAGGCAAGACCUGCUGGCAGUGCCACCAGACCUCACUUCUGCUGCAGCCAUGUACAGGGGUCCUGUGUACGCCUUGCAUGAUGUCUCUGAUAAAAUCCCAAUGACCAACUCUCCCAUCCUGGACCCACUCCCCAACUUGAAGAUCAAGGUCUAUAACACCUCCGGUGCAGUCACGCCCCAGGAUGACCUCUCUGACUUCUCCUCCAAGCUGUCCCCACAGAUCACGCAGUCUCUGCUGGAGAAUGAGACCCUGAACAUGAAGAACCAGAGCCUUGCUCGGCAAACUGACCCAUCAUGCACUGCCUUUGGCACCUUCAACUCCUUAGGAGGCCACCUAGUAAUUCCCAACUCAGGAGUAAGUCUGCUGAUCCCAGCAGGAGCCGUUCCACAAGGGAGAGUCUAUGAAAUGUAUCUGACAGUUCACAGGAAGGAGAACAUGAGGCCACCUGUAGAGGACAGCCAGACGCUGCUGACACCAGUGGUGAGCUGUGGCCCACCAGGAGCCCUGCUAACCCGGCCCGUCAUUUUAACCAUGCACCACUGUGCAGAGCCAAACACGGAGGACUGGCAGAUCCAGCUGAAGCACCAGGCUGCCCAGGGACCAUGGGAGGAUGUGGUGGUGGUCGGAGAGGAAAACUUCACCACCCCGUGCUAUAUCCAGCUGGACCCAGAGGCCUGCCAUAUCCUGACAGAAACCCUCAGCACCUAUGCCUUGGUGGGACAGUCAAUCACCAAGGCAGCAGCCAAACGUCUCAAACUGGCCAUCUUUGGACCGCUGUCCUGCUCGUCCUUGGAGUACAGCAUCCGGGUCUACUGCCUCGACGACACGCAGGAUGCUCUUAAGGAGGUCCUCCAGCUUGAGCAGCAGAUGGGUGGGCAGCUUUUGGAAGAGCCUAAAGCUUUGCAUUUCAAGGGAAGCACCCACAACCUCCGUCUGUCCAUUCAUGACAUUGCCCAUUCUCUCUGGAAGAGCAAGCUGCUGGCUAAAUACCAGGAAAUUCCCUUUUACCACAUCUGGACUGGAUGUCAGAGGAACCUGCACUGCACCUUCACACUGGAAAGGUUCAGUCUGAAUACCCAGGAGCUGGUGUGCAAACUGUGUGUGCGGCAGGUCGAAGGAGAAGGACAGAUCUUCCAGCUUAACUGCUCUGUCUCAGAGGAACCUACUGGCAUUGAUUAUCCUCCCAUGGACUCAGCGGGCACCAUCACCACCAUCGUGGGGCCCAGUGCUUUCAGCAUCCCCCACCCCAUAAGGCAGAAGCUGUGCAGCAGCCUGGAUGCUCCCCAGACCAGGGGCCACGACUGGCGCAUGCUGGCCCACAAGCUGAAACUGGACAGGUACUUAAAUUAUUUUGCUACGAAAUCAAGUCCCACCGGGGUGAUCCUGGAUCUCUGGGAAGCCCAGAAUUUCCCUGAUGGCAACCUGAGCAUGCUGGCAGCAGUUCUUGAAGAAAUGGGAAGACACGAAACAGUUGUUUCUUUGGCAGCAGAAGGAAAUUACUGAUGCAGCCUUGGCAUGACCAGGAAGGACAGACACAGGGAGCGGUAAUGCCCUGUUAUUGCAAAGGAGAAUUGAAAUGAAAACCCAGACCAAUGAGUUACACAAGAGACGUUUCAGAGAAGCAAGCAAGCAAACAAAAAAACCAGCCCUGACCUUCACACGUGCUCUCCUUGUACAUUAUCACAGGAUCAGAAAGAGAUAAUGCAAAGUUGUACCUUGAAAAUAUAAAUCAACCUAAUGUUCCUCUCGGCUUGGCUGUACACUGCUUGGUACAGGUUUUUACAGUUUCCUAGGAAACGCUUUUUAUUGCUAUCCAGAUAUAUGGAUAAACUUUCUUAACAAUCCCAGUUUCUAUGGAUGUUGUUUACAUCAAAUUCUGGACAGGGGUAAGGAAACUGUCCAUGGCUCUUUAUAUUUUUUGUUUAAAGCCAUUGUAGACAAGGCUAUGGACAGUUGGUUGUGGCUAUUUCAGCUUAUUGGUUUCUGGUGAAUUCAGAUUUUGGCUACAAUUCUGCACAUUGGUUGUCUCGCAAUGAUCCUCCUGUCAUUGUUCUGUUUCCUAGACCUACUUGUAAAAAAAAGAAAGAAACAAACCAAGAAAAUCAGGGUGUGCAUCUGGAAAGCAGGUACUCUGGCUGAUAAGCAGGAACACACAAAAUGUUCCCUUUCUUCCCCAAGACAGUCCCAUUGAGCCUGUGUGGAAAAUAGCUCUAAGACAGUGGGGAAUGAAGGAUCUGAGUUAAUUUUCAAUUCGCACCCUUUCCACCCCUUUGCUGUAUGAAGGGCCAGAUAUGCAAUUCAGAGUGGUUGGAGGGGAGGGGGAGAAACCCAGAAAAAAAUAAAAAGGAGAAGUUGC